CCUUCCGCUUCCUCCUGACUUCUGUCUCGCUGCUGCUGCUCCUCGGUCAGGGUGCCUGUCCAGGCUCUCAUCACCCCCGGUGCCUGCAGAAACGCUCCGUGCCCUGAACUGUCACCACCACCGCCCCUCAGGCCUCGGACACGAUGCAGGCCAUCAAGUGUGUGGUGGUGGGAGAUGGAGCCGUGGGCAAGACGUGCCUGCUCAUCAGCUACACCACCAACGCCUUCCCGGGAGAGUACAUCCCCACUGUGUUUGACAACUAUUCAGCCAAUGUGAUGGUGGACAGCAAGCCCGUGAACCUGGGGCUCUGGGACACGGCUGGACAGGAGGACUAUGACCGCCUCCGGCCGCUCUCCUACCCGCAGACGGAUGUCUUCCUCAUCUGCUUCUCCCUCGUCAGCCCAGCCUCCUACGAGAAUGUCCGUGCCAAGUGGUUUCCUGAGGUGCGGCACCACUGCCCCAGCACACCCAUCAUCCUGGUGGGCACAAAGCUGGACCUGCGGGACGACAAGGACACCAUCGAGAAGCUGAAGGAGAAGAAGCUGGCGCCUAUUACCUACCCGCAGGGCCUGGCACUGGCCAAGGAGAUUGACUCGGUGAAGUACCUGGAGUGCUCCGCCCUCACCCAGCGAGGCCUGAAGACCGUCUUUGACGAGGCGAUCCGCGCUGUCCUGUGCCCCCAGCCCACACGGCCGCAGAAGCGGCCCUGCAGCAUCCUCUAGGGGACGUACCCAGCCCUCCCAGCCAUGGGAGGUGCUUCUGACCCUUCAGGGCCCCCAGCAAAAGCCCGACGGCACCCCGACUGGCCAUGCUGUCCCCUCCCUGUGGCGUCUCUUAGCAGAUGGCUUCAGAGCUUGGUUGAUCAUCUUCUCUGUGCUGGAGGCCCUCUGGGGCCCGAAGGGUAUGAAUUUGUAGGCGCUGCAUCCCCAUCCCCUCAUGCUCCUGCACUCCCAGGGGCCAGAGGGGAGCCCCAGGACCCAAUAAACCACCCCUGCGUUGCUGCGGUCAGACGCCCCCACAUAGCAUCAUCUACCUGUAUAUGCCUUCCAUCCAAUGCCUGAAUCCCCUCUGGAAACGUCGGGCCAGAUGGUUGCCAGCCACCACUUGUGUAUGUUCAGGGACAAGUCUCUCCCUCCUGAGGCAGUUUACUCCAAUAUCGAUGGUUUUUCUUGUCUGAAAGUUCUCCUACUGAGCUAAAAUGUCUCAGCAGUUUACUUCUCUGGUCUUAGUCCUCUUUUGGGACAACAUAAAACAUUCAUAUUUUCUAAAAUGUUUGCGGGCAUCUGCCCAGCCAGUCAAGAGGCUGGGUCCGGCUGACUCCUGCCAUCUCAAGCCUUUCUGCUCCACUCACAGGAUCCUGAGCUGCAUUUACUUGUGAGAGUCUUAAGACUUUCAGACCCUGCCAGUCAGGACUUUUGCCAUUGCAAAUAGAAACCCAGUUCAACCUGCUUAAGCAGAAAAUAAAUCUAUUGAUUCAAGGUUGGAAA